AUGGAAAAAUUAAGGCAAGCUAAUCAGGAGCUCCAUGAGGAAAUUGGUCAAUUGGCUCAAUCAAACAGAGACUAUGAACGCCGAACUUACAAUCUUGAACAGGAUAUAAUUUUAUGUGAGAAAAGAAUCCGUUAUCUCGAGGAUGAGUUAGCAAAUACAAUUGAACUUUCAAUACAAGAAAGAGAAGAAUUAGAAAAAGAGAUAUCAGAUCUAAAAAAGAUUGUCUAUAAGCUCAAAAAAGAGAUCGAGCAAAAAGACAAAGAACUUUUUAAUAGAGAAGCUCAACUAGCAGAAUUUGAUAUAAGAGAAAAGAAACUUAAAACCCGAAUUCGAGAAAUAUCCAAAUCUGCUAGAAAUACUCCUAAAGCAUACAACCAAACGGUAAAGUUAAUAGAUGAGAAUGAACGUCUCAAAUGUGAAAUCGAUACUUUAAAAUAUAAUCUUAGAGAUCGAAACAAUAAAUUAGCUCAGAAAAAAACUCGUAUUACAGAUUUACAUUGUCAAAACUUUGCAUUAACAUUAUUAAGAUACCGAGAUAGAAUAUGGAACGUAGAAAAUGAAUAUGAAUCGGAUGAAAAUUCUCAAGAUAGUUAUACAUCUGACCUAGAUAUGACAACAAUAGUUGAGUUAGCCGAUACUAUUGAUGGUUAUUUGGAUAAUACAGAAACGAAUAGAAUAAUUUUAUCCAAUCAAAUAAAAAGAGUAACACGACUGAUACGUCGCAAAUACAACAAUUUUCAAACAGAUCUUAUAAAUGUUCAACAACGAAGAUACAAUACUGAAGCAGAACGAAAUGUACGGCAAAUAGAAUUAAGAAAAACAGAAGCUGAUCUUAAUUUAAUGACUACUGCAUAUAACAAUGAAAUAAAAGAACGACAUCGCUGGUACUAUUCCUAUAAAGAUAAGCAUAGAAAUGCUAUAAAUUUACAACGGGAUAGAUUUUCUUUACAUUUAUUGUUACAACGAUAUAAAAGGCAACUAAAUAUAUAUCGUACUGAAAAUGGAAUAUUAGAAUAUAACCGCGAUCAAAUAUUUGAUAGAUACGUAAAAUAG